UCCAAAAACAAAGAGGUCACAAUGGAUUUCAGGAUUUUAGAGGCAAUCGAGAGAAAGGACAUAGUCACAUUUGCUAGCUUAGUCCGAGAAAAUGAAGGAAUUCUCGAGCAUAGAGAAGCUGAUACUCUGAACACGCCAUUACACCUUGUGUCAAAGUUUGGAUGCCUUGAAAUGGCAUCUGAAAUUGUUUCUUUGUGCCCGGACAUGGUUGCUGCUGAGAAUAAGAACCAGGAGACUCCAGUCCAUGAAGCUUGUCGAACAGGAAAUCCCCGGAUUUUAAACAUCCUACUGGAAGCUAAUCCUGAAGUAGCUAGUAAGCUUAACAGUAAAGAGAAAAUCAGUGCACUUUCUCUGGCAUGUAGCUAUGGUCAUCUUGAUGUGGUGAGGCUCUUACUGAAAGAGCCUGGGAUGCUGGGUUUAGGGAAAGAAGGGUUUGAUCAAGCGUGUAUACACUUGGCUGUGUCUGGUGGACACAAGGAUGUUGUUAAAGAGUUGCUAAGAGUGUGUCCUGACCUUGCUUAUAUGGUUGAUGAGAAAGGAAACUAUCCAUUGCACUAUGCAACUAGCAAAGAAAACAGGGAGAUAACCUGGACACUCCUCAAGCUUGAUCCAAAGCUUGCUCAGCAGCGCAAUCUCAGUGGUCACACACCCUUGCACUUGGCAGCAAUAAACUACAAAAUCUCAGUCCUUCAGGUUUUUGUCUCAAUGGCUAAACCAUCUUUUCAGAUAGUUACAAAAGCCGGAGAGACAGUGUUCCACUUGGCUGUGAAAUAUGGGCGCUAUGAUGCUAUUGUAUACUUGACCUGUGUCUGUGAUGAUGUGGAUUUCUUUGACUGUCGAGACUGUUAUAGUAAUACCCUCCUACAUCUUGCAGUUUCUGAAGCACAACAUAAGAUAGCAGAAUACCUAAUCAGCAAAAAAAAAGUGGAGCUCAAUUCUAGAAACAAUGAAGGACUGACAGCCCUUGACCUCCUCAAACAGAGCAAGGAAAGUGAAGACAAUCAGCGUCUUGAAGCCAUGCUAAUGAAAGCAGGAGGUAAAACAAGGAUUGAACUGUUAUCUACUUCACCAAAAGCAGAUAAAGCCACUACUCAGCCAGUGACACUUCCUGAAAACAUUCCAAAACGAGCACAAUUUUUUAAAGAGCAUGAACUGCAGUUGUCCAUAGCUUGGUCUGCUGCAUCCAAGUCCCCAUCAAGAUCAUCAGCACCUAUGUCCCAGAUGUCAACACCUUUUCCAUCACCCCAAUCCAGCAAGUCUUCACCUAAGCUGCCAUCACCGCAAUCUAGCAAGUCAUCGCCUAAGCUGCCAUCCCCACCAUCUAGCAAGUCAUCGCCUCAGCUUCAGGUUGGGGAAGGCUCAUCACGUCAGCAGCAAGUUGGAUCAGCAUUUGAAGUUAAAGAGGGACUGGAAUAUGAAAGACAGAAGAAGCAUGAGUUUCUUUUGCAAACUUUUGCGAGACAACACUAUCCAAGCAAAUGGAACCAAACAGAAACGAGUACUGAGAUUUUCUACAGCCGGCGAAGGAAACAUGAAAAAGUAUAUACAGAGGCACUACAGAAUGCAAGGAACACUAUAACACUAGUUGCCAUUUUGAUCGCAACGGUUACUUUUGCUGCUGGCAUUAGUCCCCCGGGUGGUGUUUAUCAGGAUGAACAUAUGAAAGGGAAGUCAAUAGCAGGCACAACAACUGCUUUCAAGGUGUUUGAAAUAAGCAAUUAUGUCGCGCUAUUCACAUCACUCUCGAUAGUUGUUGUUCUUAUGAGUAUCAUUCCAUAUCGGAGAAAGCCAUUGAUAAGGUUGUUGAGGGUUGCUCAUAAGGUACUGUGGGUAGCUGUGGCAUUCAUGGCAACAGGGUUUGUUGCAGCGACAUGGGUUAUCAUGCCACAUAAUCCGAAAAAUGAAUUGUUGUUUGUAGCCUUUUUGACUAUAAGCAUUGGAAUUCUGGGAACAGUUUUUAUUUGGCUAGGUGUUAUGCUGGUUGUUCAUUGCCUACGAAAGUCGAAGUGGAAGAAAAGAAGAAGAGAAAUUGGGGUGGCUGAUGAGGACCCUGAAAUGGGAAGCCAAAACUCAGAUGUUCAUAGCACCUAUAAUCAAGGAUAUCAUUCAUAUUAAAGGCCUUCACCUCACAAAUGAUUGAUAGGAAUGUCUGGACUCUGGAGCAUGUGAGCCACAUAUUACUAGUUAGCUUCCUUCUCUUAAUUUGAACUAGCAUGGGCCUACGCACAUUGUGUGUGGGGAGGUUUUUUUUUUUUUAAUUAUUAUUAUUUUUUAAGAGUGUGUGGUGAGGUAGAUAAAAGUUAUGGAAACCCACUACGUUUCCCACUACAUUUAUUUUUAUUUUGUAA